CUCGCGCAGCUGCAACAUUCUGCACCACACGCGGGUGAGAAGAGAACGAAGCUGCUUGCUUUCUUUCCGUCGUCCAUUCUACAUUAGGUUUUUAUUGAUUUGCAAGAUGAAAACCUCCUCCCCUCUUGUUUCGCAGCCUAACAUGGGUAAAAAGCAGAAUGGCAAAGGGAAGAAGGAGGUGCUGGAGGCAGAGCCGCCGGAGGAGUAUGUUGUGGAGAAGGUGAUGGACCAGCGCAUCGUCAACGGGAAGGUGGAAUUCUUCCUCAAGUGGAAAGGAUUUACAGAAGCGGAUAACACUUGGGAGCCAGAGGAUAACCUGGAUUGUCCAGAGCUGAUCUCAGCUUUCUUGGAAGCCCAGAAGACCGUGGUGGAGAAGCCUGACUCCAACAAGCGGAAGUCUUCAACAGAUGAGCCAGAGACGGAGGGAAACAAAGCCAAGAAGAAGAAGGAUGUGAGUGACAAACCACGGGGCUUUGCCAGGAGCCUGGAUCCAGAGAGGAUAAUCGGUGCUACAGACAGUAGUGGAGAACUUAUGUUCUUGAUGAAGUGGAAAGACUCAGACGAGGCGGACCUGGUCCCGGCCCGUGAGGCCAACACCCGCUGCCCUCAGGUGGUCAUCUCCUUCUAUGAGGAGAGGCUGACCUGGCACUCCUGUCCCGAGGACGAGGCGCAAUAACACCCCUUCCUCACCCAACUGACCUUCGACCCCGUCCCUGUUCCUGCCUCUCAGGACUGUUCUCCAUGUCUCCACUUUUUUUGUUAUUUACAGCAUGUUUAGCCAUAGUAUUAGUGCAGAGCAGUCAGGUGAAAGUCUGUGCUUUUGUACAUAUUUUAGUGAUAGGACGGUGUUAUUUACUGGGAAUGGGACCGAUGAGGAGAAACAGGGAUGGGUGAUUUGUCGCUUUUUAAUGGACCUAUUCCUCAUCCAAUACUGGUAGGGACUGGUUCCUCAAUUGAUAUGUAGUUACAGUUGGAAAUGUACACCAUGGUUUAUACAAAAGUUGUUUGUUUGUUUUCCCCCAUAAUCACUUGUCUGACAUCUCCUCCCUCCUGUUAAAGUAGUUUUUGUUUUCACCCCCCCCAUUGUUGCAUACUUGAAUCCCUUGAACAGUAUGUCUUUUGCUGUAUAUUCACUUUGUAAAUAUUUUUCCAAAAAGCUGUUCAAUAAAGGUUUAUAUGCUUCAUUUUACCACC